AUGGACCAGCAGGGUGCGGGCGGGGACGUGGAGGUGCCGGCGGGGCUGGGGCUGACGGCGGCGGAGUACGAGCAGCUGCGGUCGACGGUGGACGCGCACCACCGCUACGCCGUGGGGGAGGGCCAAUGCUCCUCGCUGCUGGCGCAGCGCAUCCAGGCGCCGCCGGCCGCCGUCUGGGCCAUCGUCCGCCGCUUCGACUGCCCGCAGGUGUACAAGCACUUCAUCCGCAGCUGCGCGCUCCGCCCGGACCCCGAAGCCGGCGACGCCCUCCGCCCCGGCCGCCUCCGCGAGGUCAGCGUCAUCUCGGGCCUCCCCGCCAGCACCAGCACCGAGCGCCUCGACCUACUCGACGACGCCGCCAGGGUCUUCGGCUUCUCCAUCACCGGAGGCGAGCACCGCCUUCGGAAUUACCGCUCCGUCACCACCGUCUCCGAGCUCGCGGACCCCGGGAUCUGCACCGUCGUGCUCGAGUCCUAUGUCGUGGACGUCCCCGACGGCAACACCGAGGACGACACCCGCCUCUUCGCUGACACCGUCAUCAGGCUCAACCUCCAGAAGCUCAAGUCCGUCGCCGAGGCCAACGCCGCCGCUGCCGCUGCCGCCACCACCAAUUCCGUCCCUCCGCCGCAGCCGGCGGAGUAG